AUGCAGAUGGAUGAAAACGAAAGAUUGUUUCAAUGGGCCAUUACUGAAUACGAAUUGAACAAUAUCCCUAUAAGAAACUUAAAAAAUAAGAAGAGGAUAGGAAGAGGAUCUUUCGGUAACGUGUAUAGAUGCAAUAUUGACGGAGAUUCCAGAAGUGUGGCAAUAAAAGAAAUGUCCGUCGAUGAAGAUAGUGACACAUCUAUUAAAUCCUUCCUUAAUGAGUUAAAAUUACAUAGCAGGGCCAAAAACCAUCGUAUUAUUGAGUUAUUUGGGAUGAGCUAUGAUAAAGAUGAAGAUUUAUGCUACCUUGUGAUGGAACUCGCUGAUUGGAAUUUGAGAAAGUAUUUAACAAACAAAAAAGACGAACUUCAAUGGGAUGAAAAAAUAGAACUCGCAAUCCAAUUAACAGAAGGGGUGUCUUAUAUUCAUAAUGUGAUGAAUGUAGCACAUCGUGAUUUGAAUGUACGGGAAGCCCCUGUUAUUGGAACACCUUUAUCCUUUAUUCAACUUUAUUCCAAAUGUUGGGAUGCAUCGCCUUUGCCUCGUCCCACUGCGGCUCAGAUUCUUAAUGAACUUAAAUCUUUAUCUCUCGAUCCAAUUUAUAAUGGUGAUAACUUUGUUAAUAACGAGUUGUCAAAUACAAGCGAUAGACACAAUUAUUCCGCGGAUAUUUUUGAAGAAUCUUUUGAUGACAGCAUGAGCAGUGAUUUAGCAAAGUCUGAUAGAAAGUAA